AUGUCUUCUGCCACGCGCAGCCUCCGCAUUGCUUCCCGCGUGCUGCGGCCCCAGACUCGCUCUGUCGCCGUCCUCUCGUCUGCGCUGCUGCAGUCGACGCCCGCCUCCUCGGCCUCUGCCUUUGCCCCCGCCCCCAGACAGUCCAGCUUCCAGCUUGCUGGCCGCCGCUCCUACUCCUCGGCCCCGAUCACCAACUCCAACAUGGCCUACGACAAGGAGGUCGACGACAUUGCCGAGUACGUGACCAAGCCCAUUACCUCGGAGCUUGCUCUCGACACCGCCCGAUGGAUCCUUCUGGACACCCUCGGCUGCGGCCUUGAGGCCCUGCAGUUCCCCGAGUGCACCAAGAUGCUCGGCCCCGUCGUCGACGGCACCACCGUCCCCAACGGCGUGCGCGUGCCCGGCACCCACUACGAGCUGGACCCCAUCAACGGCGCCUUCAACAUUGGCGCCAUGAUCCGCUGGCUCGACUACAACGACUGCUGGCUGGCGGCCGAGUGGGGCCACCCCUCGGACAACCUGGGCGCCAUCCUGGCCGUCGCCGACUGGAUCAACCGCACCAACAAGAGCGGCACCGCCAAGAAGCUAGCCGGCGGCCGCAUCAUCACCGUGCGUGACGUCCUGGCCUACGCCACCAAGGCCCACGAGAUCCAGGGCAACCUGGCCAUCCUCAACUCCUUCAACAAGGUCGGCCUCGACCACGUCCUGCUCGUCAAGGUCGCCUCCGCCGCCGUCGUCGCCGACAUGCUCGGCCUUGACAAGGAAGGCAUUGCCGCCUCCGUCUCGCAGGCGUUUGUCGACGGCCAGUCCCUGCGCACCUACCGCCACUCGCCCAACACCAUGUCCCGCAAGUCGUGGGCCGCCGGCGACGCCUGCCAGCGCGCCGUGACCAACGUCCUGCGCGUCAAGCAGGGCGAGAAGGGCAUCCCCACCGUCCUGUCUGCCAAGGUCUGGGGCUUCUACGACGUCCUGUUCAAGGGCAAGCCGUUUGCGUUCAACCGCCCCUACGGCAGCUACGUCAUGGAGAACGUCCUGUUCAAGGUCUCGUACCCCGCCGAGUUCCACGCCCAGACCGCCGUCGAGGCCUCGGAGAAGAUCUUCCACCAGCUCAAGGCCGCCGGCAAGUCCUCGGCCGACAUCAAGGCCGUCACCUGCCGCACCCACGAGGCCUGCAUCCGCAUCAUCGACAAGCAGUUCGCCCAGCUCAACAACUUUGCCGACCGCGACCACUGCGUCCAGUACAUGAGCGCCGUCAUGCUGCAGUACGGCCGCCUGACGGCCAACGACUACCUCGACGGCUCCGAGGCCGCCACCAGCCCCGAGCUGGACGCUCUGCGCAAGAAGAUUACCUGCGUCGAGGACCCCAAGUUCACCGCCGACUACCACGACGCCGACAAGCGCACCAUCUCCAACGCCCUGACCGUCGAGCUCAACGACGGCACCGUCUUGCCCGAGGUCGUUGUCGAGGCGCCCCUGGGCCACCCCCUGCGCCGCGAGGAGGCCAAGCCCGUCAUCCUGGCCAAGUUCAAGCGCCACCUGUCGCCCCACUUCAGCGCCGAGCGCGUGGAGGAGCUUGUCAAGCUGAGCACCGACGGUAGCCGCGUUGACAGCAUGCCCAUUGACGAGUACCUGAGCCUGUACACCGUCAAGGACAGCAAGUUUGUCAAGGAGAACAACUAA